AUGGCUUCGACUAGUACUAACGAGUUGUGCGAAGCAUGCCAGAGCCUCUUUUUGAAAAUUGGCUCCUCCAUCGGCAGAUUAGCUGACUUUUCUCGUUACGAUACGCAUGCUAGCUUUUCUCAUCACCAUACGUUCAAAUCGCUCGAAGAAAGUUGCAAGAAUGGUUGCGGCAUAUGCACAGAACUUAUGCGUUCCCUGAAAAACACCUGGGCCAGCCCAUGUAAACCGCCGCAACGGCCGGAGUGGGAAAGGAAGUUGAAACCCUUGAGUUGGUUAGAUUGGUUCGAGAAGUUCUUUCCAACCACAUGUCGAGUCGAUAAGUUCUCAGCGAGUUGGCAAAAUUCCUUAGAGUUGACUUUCAAAAGCCACAACGACGGGUACAUCGAGUCCCAGAAGUACGGCUAUGGCUUCAAGGUCAAAGGCAGUGGCUAUGGCUUCAAUAUGCGUUUUAUCCUCGAGGUCGCCGAGGAUUCCAAUGGUAACCUAGUCGAAUAUACGCCCUCUUCGUCUACAGACUCACCCCAAAGCUGGGAUCUGAUACGUCGCUGGUUGAGCCAAUGCACUCAAGAUCAUGGCCGAUGUAAUUUGGCAAGCCCGCAAUCUUGGGCUCCAACACGUUUACUUGAUGUCGGUACGUUCGAAGACGAUUUGGUACGACUGUUAGAUCGUGCCGAAACACUUCCUCUAUCCAAUAAGCCUUACGCCACGCUUUCUCACUGCUGGGGUACGACGCCACUCAUCAGAACGACUCAAUCCAACAUACUGGAGCAUCGUCGUGAAAUACGUCAUCAUUACCUACCGCCGACUUUCAAGGAUGCAAUUAAAAUUGCUAGAACUCUCUCCAUACGCUACCUGUGGAUAGACUCUUUGUGUAUCAUUCAGGAUGAUACGCAUGAUUGGGAGCAGGAGGCUGAUUUGAUGAGUAAGGUUUAUAUGUAUUCCUUCAUCAAUAUAGCUGCCACUGCAUCGGACAGUAGCACUGGAGGCUGCUUUCGGCAAAGAGAUGGACGAACUGUAUUACCUACAGAAGUCUACAUUCAGAUGCACGACAGUGGGCGUGAUAAUGAUGGAAAACCGGCGAAAGUCAAGUAUCGUUUGGUAUUACACAAGGACUUGUGGACCGAGAAACUCGCGGAUGAGCCGCUGAAUCAGCGCUGCUGGAUAUUACAGGAGCGCAUACUUUCGCCGCGCGUUCUUCAUUUUGGACAUGAACAGCUCUUUUGGGAAUGCCGAGAGUUUGUUGCAUGCGAGACUUAUCAUCAAGGUCUACCUGCCAGUUUGCGAAACCAUCCAUAUAUCAACAUCAAACGACUACAGCUUGGAGACGAACCCAAAGACGACCGAUGGCCUGCGAAGUAUGUCUCAAAAGCCUCUCAGGACAUCUCAAAUGUCCAGAGUCUUUGGGAUAAAUUCACAUCGAUCUUCCGACCUGUUGUUAUUCAUGAAACAACACUGUACGCUGGCUUGAACGACACGUCCGUCUAUCAAGAUUGGUACUCGGUUGUUGAGUUCUACUCCAUGGGCAACUUGACUUUCCCAAAUGACAAGCUUACAGCUUUGUCGGGUAUUGCACAGACAAUCGUUGCCAUUGAAUCUAGUAAACUUGGUGAUGGCUAUCUUGCAGGCUUAUGGCAGUCGUCACUACCCGCCUCUCUCCUCUGGCAACCGAUAUAUACCUAUGUGCCGAAGGAAAUCGGCACUCUUCACUUGAUAAAACGUAUACCUCACUAUUACUGCCUGUGGAAUCGAUUCCCGGACACCUGCCAGCGACUGGAGCGGGACCCCUCGUACUGCGGCGUCUGUGAAUCUGACAAAAAUGUGCAUCCCGCACGCAGAUAUGUCGAUUACAUCGCACCGACAUGGUCCUGGGCCUCGAUCGAUGGCCGGGUCUCGUUCGCAGCGUGCCGGGUCAACUACAGACCUGAAGACUACUUAACGACAGUUGAAGAUGCAAGUGUAUCUUGUCACGGCAACUAUCGUUUCGGCCGGAUAUCGUCAGGGUUUGUAAAGCUCUCCGGGCCAGUUGCGUCAGUUUCAUGGCUUAUUGGUCGCUACGCGGAUUCAAAGCCUCGCCCUUCCUACGGAGAGCCAAUGACGAUAAAAGGUAUAUUUCCACCUCAUCUUACUCACCACGCGGCUAUCGAUACGUAUGACAUAAGUGGUUACGACAAAGAAGAGAUCAUACUUGACAUACCCAUGGAAGACAUACCAAGAGAGCUCACGCUUCUAUGUAUCGUCGAGACUAAAGAAAGCAAUGGGCAUACCAGCUUGGUCAGGGGGUUGGUAAUACAGAAGUCUAGCCUAAGCGAGCACUAUGUUCGCAUCGGUGUCUUCGUAGUCCGCCGCGAAGAGGUGAGGAAGGUUCUCGUGAACAUGCCCAGACGGUCAAUUACCAUAAUAUGA